AUGUCGCAAGCAAAUGAAGUAGUGUUGCGAGUGCGGGCUUAUGGACAGCAAGGCAUCGAGUUCUCGUUAUAUGUACUUGAUUCUGACGAAAGAAGAUGGAUCCUUACGUGGUGGUUGAUCGUCAUAUUAUGCCUCAUCUCUGGUUGGGUCUUAAAGAGUGUUGAGCUGGGUGUAUCAUCGCCAUUUCGAGUAUUAUUGGGAUUGCUAUUACCUGCAUUGGCCGUAUGGCUUUAUCAAGUUUCGGGCAGCGUUAUAGUCGAAGAAUCGAUGCUGGUCGUCCCAGCGCUUGGAGUAAAGCUAAGCACGAGGCGACGCAGUGGAGUAGUGCAUAGCAAGUUUGUCGAUUUAGAGACAAUAAGCGGUGUGGCGGUGAAUGAGGCAAUCACAUUUUCCAGCGUUGUGUACUCGCUAGUACUUAUGGUAGAAGGACAGAGUGAGAUGGUGUUGCCGUUCCAGACGUUUCGGCCACGAGUAGCCGUGUUGCAGGAAGUUUAUCUGGAGACAGUAAGACUUCUCUUCCCCGAUGGCACCGAUCUAAAUAUGCGGCUUCCUGAAGGUGUCGCGCCGCCUUGA